AUGAUUGAGGAAGAGUACAGACCUGAAGACAAGGCUUCCUUCAAAAAGAAAUACAAAAUAUUUUAGACUCUUGCUUCAAUGAUUAGAUAAAGAGGGUAUUUUGAAUCUACUCCUGCUAAACUUGUAGAGGAUGAGACUUUCGAAAUAUUUGAGUCGAAAUAUCGCGAUAAUUUACCAGAAAAAAUCGUAUGCUUCAAAAGAGAUGAUGAGUCUGAUAAAUUACUUAUCAUCUUUUACACUAAAUAAGCACCUCUCACUCAUGAAGAAGCAAAAAAAACCAUUUAAGAUUUCUCCAACAGGUAAGUUAAGAGACUCAUCAUGAUAUUUCCAACUGACCCUUUUGCAACAAAACCACAGGUCGUGGAUAAAAAGGCAAGAUUGUUUAUCGAUCAAGUUAAUUCCAUUUAAACUUACUCAUUUGAGUUGUUUGGAGAAGACGAUUUAGUCUAUGAUGUUACCAAGCAUGAAUUAGUGCCUCAACAUAUUAUCUUGAAUGACAGAGAAAAAGAAUUAUUAUUAAAAAAAUACGGGUUAGUAGAUAAUCAAUUGCCAAGGAUUCUACAAAGCGACCCCAUUGCCAGGUUUUUGGGACUCCAUCAUGGUGAUGUAGUAAAGAUCAUAAGAAAAAGUGAAACAGCAGGAUUAUAUGUUACCUACAGAAUAGCCAUAUGAUUUGAAAUAUAAAUUAGCUAAUGUUAAAUACCAUUUAAGUGUCAAA